GCCAAACAUGCCCUCAUUAUACCAUUCAAGGCAACAACGGUUGAAUCUCAUCAUCUUCGAGUACAUCUAUCUGAAGUUAAACCUGCAAAGUUGAAUUAUCCACACAUUCUAUUCUUAGCCUCUAUUUCUUCUGUUGUGGUUCUUGAUUUUCAAAUUAUUGCUCCCUUACAUUAGGAUUGGAGACAAUCAGGCUAUACUUUAUCUAUUAUCUGGAAUUUUGCAUCUUCAGAGGUCAUUAUGAGCAUAAACAUUCUAGGAGCACAUAUAUCUACUGUAAUCGUAGCAUGUAUUGCUGUAGGACUUUUAAUAGUACUGGUACUCUUGAUUUGGUUGUGCUGCGUGCUCUGUCGGGGAAAAGAUGGAGAUAGGAGGAGAAGAACGACUCACAGUAUUUCUGUAGAAAAUCCUCCUGGAGCUAUUAGAGGUAACCAGCAGCAUGCUGAACCAGCUCAACAGCGGCAGCAGCACCAUAAUCCACCUAGAAGGGCCGAACAUCAUAAGGAUUUAUAUACUCCUCCUGCUUCAGCUGUAUCACAUCUUCCUUCACAGUCUUCUGUGGGAAGCAAUGGCAGCAACCCAUUGCCUCCACAACCAUCUCGGCGUUCUCCAGCAGCUCAAGCUCCAUCAGCUUACUCAAACUCAGGGCAGUCCAAUUUAUCCGGCAGUGGAAGCUUAAUGCCACCUCCAUCUCCUGCUUUAUCAUACGCCUCUUCACAGACCAUGUUUACUUACAAUGAUCUUGCAAUGGCAACAAAUAGCUUCUCAAAAGAUAAUUACUUGGGAGAAGGUGGUUUUGGGUCUGUUCACAAAGGACUUCUUCCAACUGGGAAAGCAAUUGCUGUUAAGUCUCUUAGAUCUAAUAGUGGUCAAGGAGAGAGUGAAUUUGCGGCAGAAGUUGAAAUCAUUAGCCGAGUGCAUCACAGGCAUCUUGUUAAAUUAGCGGGUUUCUGCAUCACUGGCUCGAAAAGAUUUCUUGUUUAUGAAUUUGUUACUAACAAGACUCUGGAGUUCCACCUUCAUGGUAAGGAUCAGCCUACAAUGGAUUGGUCCACGAGACUAAAGGUGGCUGUGGGGGCUGCAAAAGGAUUAGCAUAUCUGCAUGAAGAUUGCCAACCAAGAAUUAUCCAUCGUGAUAUUAAAGCUACUAAUAUACUCCUAGACGACAAAUAUCAAGCCAAGGUUGCAGAUUUUGGACUUGCAAAGCUUACACCUGAAGAAUAUACACAUGUUACCACUCGAGUUAUGGGAACCUUGGGAUACUUGGCUCCAGAGUAUGCUUCAUCUGGGAGACUCACGGAGAAGUCUGAUGUUUAUUCCUUCGGUGUCAUGCUUCUGGAAUUGAUUACUGGACGUAAACCAGUUGACAGAACACAAAAGCAGUAUAGUCUAGUGGAAUGGGCGAGACCUUUACUCACAACUGCUAUGGAGGAUGAGAACUUCAAUCAACUUGUUGAUCCACGCUUGCAGUUUAGUUACAAGCAUAGUGAGAUGGCUCGUAUGGUGACUUGUGCUGGUACAUGUGUUCGAAAGUCAGCACGUAGUAGACCACUGAUGAGUCAGGUAGUUCGAGCUCUUGAAGGGAAUUUGUCCCUUGAUGAUUUAACCGAAGGAAUAACACCUGGCCGUAGUAUGCUCCAUAGAUAUGAAACUGCUUCAGAAAAUACUGGUAGUCAAUACAAGAAAGGUUCCAAAGGGGACUCAACAGAAUUUGUUAGCACUGAGUAUGAUGGAACAACAAGCGAGUAUGGAUUGUAUGUGACUGGUUCAAGUAGCGAAGAACAGACUACUCGAGAGUUGGAUACUGAAGAGGUGCAGAGAAAUAAGGCACAUGUUAAGUAACUCCGUAUUAUUGAUCUUAAAUACCUCGAGCUGAUUCUAGCUUGCAAAUCAAUUACUACAAAGGAUGACUUAAAGAAAUCAAUUUUGCAGUCGCGUUAUUAUGGUCACUGAUGGUAUGUUCAGGUGCUAUAUUGAAGAAAUUUUCCAAGUAUUCACAUUUUAUUAAGUUGCAUAUGCUGGAUUGAGAGAGAUGAGGAUGGUUGUGUUAAAAAGAUCCUAUAACUUGAUGUCUAAUACCAUUUCAUGCUAGCCACACUCAUCAUGUGUGAGUUGGACUGCUGACCAUUUCAUAUUCUUUAAUUGUAAAAAAAAAAUGUUUUUCCCAAUUGUAACUAUUUUUGUUCAUAGAGAAAUUCUGUAGGAAAUUGAUUUA